CCGCAGUCCGCGUCCUGAUCACUUUGCAGCCAGUGUUUAAGAAACGUCAACGAAAUGAAAACGAUAGAUCGACCUCACUUCGCUUUUUCUUGUUUUGUUUCUUCUGGUGUUUCGUUUUCGUUGAUAGGUUACGUACGUACCGUGCAUCACCACCUCUGAUUCUGCUGCGUCAUUCAAAAUGAGUUCUGUCAAGCAUCUUGUUGCAUCCAUAGUCCAUUUCCUAAAUGAUCAAAUGCACAAUGGUGGAUUGUCCUCUGAUGCCGUUGAAAGUUUGGAAGUGGCAAUUCAGUGCCUGGAGAGUGCUUAUAGUGUUUCUGGUGCUGAUGAAGCAUUGAGACCGACCACACCCCUUCUUGACAUUUUCCGAGACUACUCGGGUACCCUUGAAGAUGCUGAAGAGCUUCCUCCUGAAGCAAGCCCAGAAUGUAAAGCUGAAGCUGAAAGACUGAAAGCUGAGGGUAACUCAUUGAUGCAUGAAGAGAAGUACCAGGAGGCUAUUGAUGCUUACUCCAAGGCUAUUGCACUUGAUGGUCGAAAUGCCAUCUACUACUGCAAUAGAGCUGCCGUACAUAGCAAGCUGAACAACUACCAGCAGUCUAUUGCUGAUGCUAAACAGGCCUUAAAAAUUGAUUCAUCUUAUUGUAAAGCAUACGCACGACUAGGAUUAGCUCAUGCUAGUCUAGGACAACAUGAAGAAGCUCGAAAUGCAUAUGCCAAGGCUUUGGAAAUGGAGCCAGACAAUGAAAGCUACAAAAAUAAUAUGCAACUUGCUCAAGAAAAAAUAACAGGUGCAGGUCCCUCUCCAUUCCUAAUGGGAGGUGAGCCCAAUUUGGCAAACUUGGGACCCAUUGGAAGUAUGCUUGGUAACAGUAACCUUAUGGCCAUGGCAUCACAAGUUCUGUCUGAUCCCAACAUGCACAGAAUUACACAGAAUGUAUACAGCAAUCUUGUUUCGGGCAACCCCCAAGGAAGCACUGGGGCCAUGGAUGCUUUGCUUCGAGCUGGUCAGCAACUUGCUGAGCACAUGCAAAGUGCAAACCCAGAACUUGUUGAACAGCUCCGAAGACAAUUAGAUACACAAAAUCAGAACAAUGGAGCUCCUGGAGAAGAGCCUCCUGCACCACCCUCCAUUUGAUCUGGCCUCGAGAUGUCAUAACUCAAACUCUUUGAAUGGGAGUUGAAAAAUAUCAAAUGUCUUUGUUGUUUCCAUUGACAUGUACAAAGAUUAUCCAGACAGUCCUGGUACCUUGAUAUUGGUGUUACUGAAAUAAUUAUAUUAUUUCUAUUUUUGGUAAUUGGUUUUACUAUUUCUUCAACAUCCUAUAUUUUAUUAGGAGUUUGUUGGUCUUGUUAAACACAAUGAAAGUAAAUAUUUGUACAUCAAAAUUCUAUAUUCCUCCUCUCAUGGUUAUAGAGACACCAAUUGUUAAUUACUCUUUUCUUAACUAGAUAGAGUUCAUUACAGUUCAUGUGAACCAAGUGUUUGGCUGUACCAAUGUUUAAAGAAAACACAACAUUCUCAAUUUUUACUGUGGUUGCACAACAUAUUCUUUGCUACUUAAAUAUUGGUUAAUGCUAAACCAAAAAAGAUUUUUCUUUGAUUAACUAAACCCUGAAGUCUAGUCCACAACAGAAUGUUCACAUAAUUCUUGCAUUUCAUCAGCAGUGAAUAAAAAUAAUGAAAUAUCUUA